AACUAGACAUCUAGAAACAAACAAACAUCUAGGUGCCUGGGAGAUAAAAUACUUCAAAUAGUUCUUAAAAAUAUCUGGUUUCUGUUUGAAACUCGAACGAUAUUUUCCUGGAAAUGUACGUUCUUACCCUAGAUGCGUUGAGAAAGUUCUACAAGAAUGAAGCCCCGAGGAUUUUCAACCUCUUAAUGUUUAUAUUCGUCGUUGUCCUGCUGGUCGUGACUUAUUCGAAUCCGGGGCCGCAUGUAGGCUUGGGACUACCCUCCGAACCAGUCCCCAUGGACAAGGAAGGUGGAGUGGGCUUGUUUGUCAACACCUCCAACUGCCGGAUCGAAGCCAUGGACUACAUGUCGCCCGUCGCACGCCACUUCAUGGUGCCCAUGCCCAUCUACUGGUGCUACAAGCUCCAGGUCCUGACGCCCACGAGCGUCAAGGGGCGCAACUACCUGACCUUGGCGCUCAACAGCACGCAACUUUGGCAAAAACUAGGGAUCCGGAGGCUGCGCAAGCUCAUCUGCGUCUACAUUGUCUUCGAGCGCAUCGAUGACUUCAGGAAUCGGAACGUGCGAAUAGGCGUCUUCGGCUUCAGCCGCGGACGGAGGAGCGCAGAGGUCGAGGCGGGCAACGUCACCCUGCGGACCAUGUGCUGGGUAGACUUCAGCCGACUGAUCUUCCACGACGUGUACAUCUUCCUCCCGCCGGUAAGGAAAGCUGAGGUGCCCAAGAAGGAGCCCCGCAAGUCGGCCGAUCGCUUGUCGGUUAUGAUCCUGGGCAUUGACUCGAUCUCCCACAUGCACUACAAGCGGUACUUCAGCAAUGUCAUCGACUUUGUGGACCAGCUGCCUCACGUGGAGCUCUGGGGCUACAACCGCGUCGGACGCAACUCCUACCCUAACCUGGUACCCCUUCUGAGUGGCCAGGACGUGGACGAGCUGGAGUCCGAGACUGGCUGCUAUGGGAGGGUGAAGAAGGCCCACUACGAUCAGUGCAACCUGCUGUGGAACGAGUUCAAGAGGGCCGGUUUCGUCACAGCUUUCGGCGAGGAUACACGCAUUGGCGGCACCUUCACGUACACGAAGCGCGGCUUCCGCCGUCAGCCCACCGACUACUACUUCCGCAGUGUUAUGGUCGAGAUCCACCAGCACACUAGGUACUGGGCCAGGGGGCCGGAAGACAUCUCGUGCAGCGGCAGCCGGGUCUACCACCACGUCUUUUACGACUUCAUAUACCAGUUGAUGAUGCACUUCAAGCAACGCUGCCUGGACACCGGGUUCUUUGCCUUCUUCUGGCAAACCCAGGGCGUUCAUGACUACUUUCCGUACGCCCUGCAGACCGACAUCCAAUACGACGCCAUUCUGCGCGUCCUGCACCGUUACGGGGUCCUCGACCACACCCUCGUCCUGCUGCUGUCCGACCAUGGACUGAGGUAUGGCGCCUUCGCGAAGACCCUGCAGGGAAUGCGGGAGAUAUCGAUGCCCACCAUGGUGGCCGUCUAUCCCAGCUGGCUGGAGAGCCGUUUCCCCCUGGCGGUGGCUAAUCUGCAGGCCAAUUCCCGCCGCCUGGUGACCACUUUCGACCUGCACGAGACCCUCAGGGACGUGGUCAACCUGGAGAACCUGAGUGACGAGCGGAUUCGCAACCGAACGCGCGCUCUGCGCGAUGAUCGCAACGUCUCGCUCUUCCUGCCCAUUCCCGAGAAGCGGAGCUGCGAGUCCGCCCACAUCCCGGACCACUACUGCCAGUGCAAGGAGCUGACACAGAUUCCGUGGAACUCAAGCAGUGUGCGCCGCGUGGCCGAGAUCGCCGUGGAGAACAUCAACGAACUGUUGCGACCGUACCCGCAGUGCCACAAGCUGAAGCUGUCUAAGGUGGACAAGGCCUACCUGCGGGACCAGAACCAAACGAUCACUGUCCGGCUGGAGACCGUUCCCGGAAACGGGAAGUUCGAUGCCACCGUUCUCGUUGCCAACUACAGCUCCCUUCAAGGACCAAUCACGCGAACUGACAAAUACAAGAAGCAGUCCUUUUGCGUCGCGGAAACGCCUGUUGAAAUUUAUUGCUACUGUUUCAAAUAGAUAGAAAUAGACCAUAAACCGCA